AUGAUCCAAGACCUCCUUUACUCCCUAGGCAAUUGCCUCAAUUGCUUCCCGGGCUCGCCGACACUCAAGAUCAAUGGCCGAAGCUUCAAGAUCCUCCGGCUCCUCGGCGAGGGCGGCUUCUCCUACGUCUACCUCGUGCAAGACACAAACACAUCCGAGACCUUCGCCCUUAAAAAGAUCCGCUGCCCCUUCGGCGCCGAGUCCGUCUCCAACGCCAUGAAAGAAGUCGAAGCCUACCGCCUAUUCGCCCACGUCCCCGGCAUAAUUCACAUGGUCGACUACUCCAUCUCGACGGACCGGGGCGGCGGAUCGGACGAGGCGUCAAAGACCGUCUACGUGCUGCUGCCGUACUACAGGAGGGGUAACCUGCAGGACAUGAUCAACGCCAACGUCGUCAACAAUGCGCGGUUCCCUGAGAAGAAGUUGAUGGUGCUGUUUUUGGGCGUGUGUAAGGCGCUAAGGUCGAUGCAUAGGUAUGAGUCUGCGCCGAUCGCCAUGGAGAGGAUGGAGAUGGGCGAUGGGGAUACGGAGGGUGGUGGGCGCGGAAAUAAGGGGAAAGCGAAGGGAGGGAAGAGGGUCUCAAGUAUGGCGGCUGCGCUGCCGGAUGAGGAGCAUGAGACGGAGCAGCAGAGGCCGUUGAUGGAGGGCCAGAGCACAGUUGGUGCCCCCAACGUAAAGUCAUAUGCCCACCGGGACAUCAAGCCCGGAAACAUCAUGAUUGACGACUCAGGCUCCAACCCCAUCCUCAUGGACCUCGGCUCCGUCGCCGCCUCCCCCCUCCCCAUAACCUCUCACUCUCUCGCCAUCGCAACCCAAGACACCGCCGCCGAACACUGCACGAUGCCCUACCGCGCCCCCGAGCUCUUCGACGUGCGCACCGGAACCGUCAUCGACACCAAGGUAGACGUCUGGUCCCUCGGCUGUACCCUCUUCGCCUGCCUCGUCGGCAAGUCCCCCUUCGAGAUGCGCUCCGACGAGACGGGCGGCACCCUCUCCCUCUGCGUGCUGGGCGGCGAUUGGAGAUUCCCCGACGAGGGGAAUCCGGCUGGUGCGGGGUUAAGGCGCUCGGCUACGAGUCAGAGCGCGAGUGGUGGCGGUGAUGGAGGCGGCGCGAGGGGACCCCCCGAUGCGAAAAUUAGCGAGCCGGUGAGGGAGAUUGUCAGGAAGUGUUUGGCGGUUGAGCCGAGUGAGAGGCCGGAUAUUGAUGAGCUUAUUGAGAUGGUGGAGAAUGUGAUUGAGGAGCUACCGCCGGACUCUGAUGCCUAG